AUUCUUGGCAACACGAAAGACGAAGACAGUACUAGCUAUAAUCUAACUCUAACCCUCCCAUCGAAUUCGACAAAAAUUUCUCGGCCGAAGAUUCGAAUCUAACAAAAAUGGAGUGGGCAAGCAAAGUGAUGGGUUUUGCUUCAAGAGCAGCGAGCAAAAACACAAUGAUUAACGUGUUCCUGGUGGGCUCGUUCGUGGCACUGAGCAUAAGAUCGGUGAACCAGCAAAAUAACAUGGAGGCACUCGAGGCCGAGAAGGACUCGCUGGUCACAGCCAACAAGGCCAUGAAGAAGACCAUGUGGGAUUGGAAACAACAGCUCUUUGCUGAAGCCUCUGCCGAGAAUUCUCUCGUCCCUCUCUCCAAACUCAAAGCCAUCUACGGCGAGGUGUCCACCGUCCCAUCUGAAUUGGAGAAGGCCACCGAUUCUAAACAUUUGUGGAUUUAUGGCGUUAUAUUACUUGAAAUCAGAACCUUCAUACUUAGCACAUAA